GACACAGAGCGAGGAUCACACACAAGAACAGUGAGGAGGAGGUGGGUGUGUUAGCAUGUGAGAAAGCGACAGCAGGCAAAGGGAGGGAGUCAGUGAGUGGAGAGAUAUAAAAAAAAACCCUCCAGAAGAUAGCAGAUAACAGAACACAGUCGUUUAUUUUAAACGGAAGCUUGACCAUGUUGCUGCAGACCCUCUUCAUGCUCUCUGCAACUGUUUUUUUCGGCUAUCUGGAAGGGAAGGGUGUUCAGAUGCAGCGGGACGUUCAGUGUUGUAUGCAGUACUCGCAGCAGAAUGUGCGGACCAAAGACGUUCUGAAGUUUGAGGUGCAGACUGAGGGGCCAGACUGCAGCAUAAAAGCCAUCAUAUUGUACACUAAGAAGGUGGUGAAGUGUGCAGACCCCCGGGACAGGAAAGUGAAGAGAUUACUGAAGAAACUGAGGCAGAGAGCCAAAGCCCACAAGUCCAUGCAGGUUCUGCCGCAAAGACGUUUGCCUGUCAUGUCAAAGGAGAGGCUCCAGAUUAACCACAGCUCUGACCAAGUCAUCACCGAAAGUGACCGGACCACGAUGACCCACUAGGCUCAUACAAAUAUAAAGGCUGCACAAAUAUAGAAAAUGUAACACAUUUCAGUCAAUCAGUCGUUUUUAGUUGGAUUCAUAUGAACAAAUGGAUGAAGUUUAUUGGUUAGAAUAUGGAACUUGAGGAACCAGGUUUUUUUCUGAUGAAAGGAAAAUGGUGCUUUAAAUAACUGUGGUGUCAGAAAUACAGGUGAGAUUUUAUUAGAUUUCAAACAAAUAUCCAAAUUGCUAGGCAGGACAGGUCAGAUGACAGGCUGUGGUCAGUCAAGGAAUAAACAGAGUAACGAGAGCUAGCAAAAGACAAAAUCCUAAAGCAAAGUAAAAGUUAAUACUCAGUCUGGAUAGUGUCACAUUAAGCAGAACAGAGUGUACGCUUCACAACAUGAAAGUGAUAACAAAAUACUUUAAAGCGUGGUAGUGGAUCCAGUAGGGCUGUUUUUCUGGGGGUCUUUACAAAGGGGUAUACAGUGACUGGAAUUAAUGCAUGAUAAAUCCAACUUAUUGAUGAUUAUUAUUACUGUUUCUU